AGACAAUAUUUAAUGCUUCCUUCCUCGCUAAACUAGAAGGUACCGGUGCAGCUUAUACAUUUAUUACUGCCAGGUAGUUGAUAGAACGGCAGCCGAGCUUUCUUGGCUGGCCUCAAUUAGUAGAGCGCUUAGACACCGAGAAGUAGCUCACGGCGAAUUCUUAUUUUCGUAUUAGCGUUGCACAUGCAGCCAUACAUUAAGCUGAUUCUUUUUAUUGACUUGCCGUAGCGUGGCAACGCCCCGCUGUAUUCCGCGCCGGCGUAACGCGAUCAGUAAUCAACGCGAUCAUCAAUUGUCGUGAAGGUCUUCACGCUAAAGAAGGCCUCUAUGCCGUUUUCGACGGCUCUGCUCGUGACCAUGAACCGCGUUUCUGCACUCCGGGCUGUUGCUGCAGCCUUCCUUUGGCUCAUUGUUGCCUGCGGAGCCGCGACCUUUGCUUUCUUCUUCGCCGUAACGCCGACACGGUGGAACAGCGUGCGCGCUACAGAGCUGAUCACCUGGAGAAACACCCAGAUCCUGCAGUACAAGUUUGUCAACUCCACAACCGGCAGAACGACUGCGCUCCUGUCCGGCUCCGUCAGUUUCAUGCUCAUAUGGCAAAGCUGCGGUACGCUAGCAGUGGCCCUCGCUGCCUCCGGACUCCACUGGCUGCUGACCACCUCCUCGCCUGCUUCAUCGCCGUCGUCCCCACCGUCCUCAGUCGCUUCCAACGUUCCCGCUCCUCAAUCCAGAAGCAAUAAGCGGCGCUUCAUGACCCCCUUGGCUUUGGCAAAGAAGUCUGUGCUCAAGGCCCGGCGGCUGUUGCGCACGCAAGUCCCCCCCCGCGGGCUCUGGCGCGCCCUGCUGGGCCCCGAGGGCCUCUCGCUGCUGGACCUGCUGCUCAUCCUGCUGUGGUUCGGCCUGCACGCCAUGUGGAUGUACGAAAUGACGAUGCGAGUACUGGACAAUCGCCGUACGGCACCGCCCCCACCUAAAGCCGUCGUUCGCAGCCCCCCGCCCCCUGUUGCGGCGGCCAGCAACGCCGUCAUGCCUGCCAACGCCACCGUCCGCAUCAGCCCGCCGCCAGCAAAUCGCCCUCCGCCAACUGCUACCAAGGUCCCCUUUCCACCACCACCUCCUCCUGCAAGGGUCCUCAGGCCCCUUCCCCGAGUGGUCCAAACCAGUGUCGCCCAGUACUUUGGUUGGAUCGUGCGGCUGGACAUGUGGCUGCUGUUCUACCCGCUGCCCCGAUGCAACUUCCUGGGGUGGCUGCUGGGCUCGGAGUUCGCCGCGAUGCUCAAGUACCACCGGUGGCUGGGCCACGGCACGCUGAUCAUCACAACCCUGCACGGCAUCAUGUACCUCGCCAUCUGGGCGCGCGAUGGAAUCAUGGCCUCUAACCUGACGUGGAACAUGAGCGGCGGCGUGAACAACGUGGCUGGGCUGGUUGCGCUGGCCGGCGGCUGGCUGCUGUGGAUCACCAGCAUCCCGCUCAUCAGGCGCCGCCUGUUCAACCUCUUCUACGCCUCCCACAUCACCGGUGCGGUCGUGUUCUUCCUGUUCAGCUUCAUGCACCGCAAGGAUGUGGCUACAUGGAUGCUGCCUGGCAUCUUCCUGUACCUGUUGGAUGUCGUACUGCGCACCAUCCAGCAAAACUUCAACUCCACGCAGCUCAGCGUGGUCACCGCCGACCCCUCCUCCGCCGCCCCGUCCUCUUCCACUUCCCUGGCAGCUCUGUCCCCGGAGGGCAACAUCCUCACCCUUUCGCUGGCAUGCCACGAGUCGCUGACGUGGGUUGGCUCCGAGAUCGUCUUCCUGAACGUGCCGGCAGUGAGCUGGUGGCAGUGGCAGCCCUUCACCAUCGCCUCCUGCCCGGCCACGUUGGAUGAAGGGUGCGGCGGUGGGGAGAGGCGGAUGGUGCUGCAUAUCAAGAAGUGUGGCAGAUGGACGCAGCGCCUGAUUCACCGCCUGGCAACGGAUCCCACUCCGGUUCAGUUAUACGUUAGCGGCCCGUACGACACCGCUAACCGCAAAUGGAUGCAAGGCUCUGACCGCUCCGUCUUCAUCGCCGGCGGCAUUGGGGUUACCCCAGUGCUGGGUAUGCUGCAAGAGCUCAUCGCGGUGCGUCGUCGUACCAGCCACCUGCAGCCUUCCAACGGUUCCAACGGUCGUGUCAACUUCAUCUGGAUCUGCCGUACAAGGGAGGAGCUGAGCAUCAUGCCCCCAGAGAUCCUGCAGGAGGCCAGCAGAAAAGACAAGUCUUCCUGGCUGAACCUGCAGCUCUACCUCACCGCACCAGCCGCUACUAGCGACUCCGUCACUGCCGGCGGUGAGCACGGCGAUGUCAGGCCAGGCUGCGGCUGGGCCAGCACCGCCAAAGCGAUGACAGCUGUCCGCAUUGGUUGCCUGGGAGGAGCUGCAGCUGCUGAUAACAAGGGCUCUGUCCCCUCGGGGACUCCUCGUGCAAGACCUUUGUCACACCCCUACUCCUUCGGCCCGCUGAUGUGGGCUGCCGCGCUGCUGCUGUGCUUUGGCGGUGGCUUCACGGGCCUCAUCUGCGCGCAGUCGUACGAGGCGCACAUGGCGAGAACCGUCAAGACGCGAUCUGACUUCGUCUACGUUGGCAUGCUGCAGUUCUCAGCCCUGGGGAUUGGGGCAGCGCUGCCACCUGCGAUCCUGAUGCUCGUCGCGCACAUGUACCGGAGGUUCAAUGCCAUGUUCUCUCACAAGCGCUCCACCGCUCAGAACAAGGCGGCCGCCGCUGCUUCUUCCGCCUCCGAUUCUUCGUCUUGCCCUUCCUCCUCCACCUCGGGUGAUGUCGUGCUCCCCAAGGCGCCUGCUGCUGCUGCUGCUGCACACGUCCCAUCACGGCCAGCAGCCGGUACCAUCUCCCUUAUUGCCAGCAGCAGCGCCGCUACCACCGCUGCAACCCCUGCUGCGGGGGCGGCA